UCAGCGCCCCGAGCUGAGCAAAGCGCGGGGCAGCGAGCGGGUCCGCGGUGGAGGAGGACUGCUGGGAGGGCGCAGUCAAUCCCCCAGCCCGGAGCCCAAGGACCGGCCCAGCACACGCCCCGAGCACACGGACCCCGUGCACACGCCCCGAGCACACGGACCGAAGGAGCCAGGGGUCGUCGUCGGCGCUGGCGCUGUCCGGAGCCGAAGGGCUGGAGCCGCUGCGGGAGCCGCGCCCCGAGGUGAGCUCGGACCCACCGGCGCGGCGCAGGAUGCAUCAUGAGGAGGGGGCGUCUCUGCAGCGGCCCCGCUAUGGAUCUAUUGUGGAUGAUGAAAGGCUUUCUGCAGAGGAAAUGGAUGAGAGGAGGCGUCAAAACAUCGCUUAUGAAUAUUUAUGCCACCUAGAGGAAGCUAAAAGAUGGAUGGAAGUGUGCCUGGUUGAAGAACUGCCACCAACAACAGAGCUGGAAGAAGGCUUGAGAAAUGGCGUCUACCUGGCGAAGCUGGCCAAGUUCUUUGCCCCUAAAAUGGUGUCAGAGAAAAAGAUCUACGAUGUGGAACAAACCCGCUACAAGAAAUCGGGUCUUCACUUUCGGCACACAGACAACACGGUGCAGUGGCUGCGGGCUAUGGAGGCUAUCGGCCUUCCCAAGAUCUUUUAUCCAGAGACCACAGAUGUCUAUGAUCGGAAAAACAUUCCAAGGAUGAUAUACUGCAUUCAUGCACUAAGCUUAUAUCUCUACAAACUGGGACUAGCCCCACAGAUCCAGGACUUACUUGGAAAAGUCGACUUCACAGAGGAGGAAAUCAGCAACAUGCGAAAGGAGCUUGAGAAGUAUGGAAUACAGAUGCCGUCUUUCAGCAAAAUAGGCGGUAUUCUUGCCAACGAAUUGUCAGUGGACGAAGCUGCCUUGCAUGCUGCAGUCAUUGCAAUUAAUGAAGCUGUGGAGAAGGGUGUGGCCAAGCAAACCAUUGUAACUCUGAGAAACCCAAAUGCGAUGUUAACCAGUGUGGAUGACAGCCUGGCCAAAGGCUACCAGGAGGAGCUCUGGGGAGCCAAAAAAGGAAAAGAAGAAAACGCAAGAUUGAAGAAUAGCUCUAUUUCGGAAGAGGAAAGAGAUGUGUAUGAAGAACUGCUGACCCAAGCGGAAAUCCAAGACAAUAUCAACAAAGUCAACACCUAUGUAGCUUUAGUCCAAGUGAAUGAGGCUGUUGACAGGCAAGAUGAAGGCGAAAUGAUGGCAGGUUUGACUCAUGCAGCCCUGAGCCUCUCUGGAGUCCUGCAGCUAAAUUCCUCAUGGUACUUAGUGCAGUUGUGUGACUCUAAAGAACAGAAAACUCAGAAAGCAGGGCUUUCUGUUCUGCUUGACCGAAAUGAGAUCCAGGAAGAAAUUAGUAUUGCCAAUGAGGAAUCUGAGGCUCUUAAGCUUAGGCUCAUAGCAGUGGAUAGAAUCAACGAAGUCAUUCGAGAGGGUGAUGCCAGUAAGACACUGGCUGCCCUAAUGAAGCCAGAAGCCCAGAUGCCCACUGUUCAUGCAUUUGCCACCGACAUGUACCAAAACGAGCUCUUCAACCUUCAGAAACAGAGUGCUGCGAACUACCUGGCCCAUGAGGAAUUGUCUAUUGCUGUGGAAAUGCUGUCUGCUGUUGCCUUGGUAAACCAGGCUUUGGAGAAAAAGGACCUCCUGUCUGUGCAGAAUCAUCUCCGAAGUCCUUCUAUUGGCUUCAAUAACCUGCAGGAAGAGAACUUGGAGCGUUAUGCCAGCACACUACAGUCCACUAAAACAGAGACCUCAUCUCAAGGACAAGACUACUUGAGCUGGAAUGAAAUUCAGAACUGUAUCGAUAUGGUUAAUGGGCAGGUGCAAGAAGAAAAGGAAAGAUUUGUGGCCAUUGGGCACAUUAAUGAAGCCAUUGACAAUGGGGAUCCUGGGAAAACUGUAGACGCGCUGCUGUUACCUUCAGCCAAGCUGCAAAAUGUAAUUUCUACCAAUGCCAGGCAUUACCAGGAUAUCCUGCAAUAUUCCAAAACUCAGAAAAUCCAGGAUUCUGAUGAUCAGUCUGCAGUUCUCUGGCUGGAUGAGAUCCAGGAAGCAGUCAAUGAUGCCAACAAGAAUGUGGAGAAUGCCUCCAGAUGGGCUGCGAAGACAACUGAGGUUAACCAGUGCUUGGAAAAAGACGAAACACAUCGAAUCCUGGCGGUGCUGCAGUCUCCCCUCUUCUGUUCCAGUGUAGUGAUUCCUGAGAAGGCUGAGAAAUAUGCCAAGGCCCUCUCUGAAGCCAAAGAGCAAAAGUCCAAAGGAGUUUCUAACGAAGGCCCAUGGAUCAAGCUCACGCUGCAGGACCAAUAUGAUUACUAUUACAACGUGGAAACCAGAGAAGACACCUGGGUCCGGCCUGAGGGAUGUGUGUUCAAAGAAUCUUGGCUUCUGGGACAGGAAAUUGAGGCUAUCAUUGAGAAGAUUACAACAGAUUACCUCCUUGACCAGAUGUGGUUUGCUAACCAAGAGACAAUGCUCAAGCUUGAAGCCAGAGGGCAAGGUUACCCCAUCCGGCAAAGAUUUGAGGACAGGAAAGCGUACUUAGAGGGACAUGAGCCGUCUGCCAUCAAACUCCAGGCGGCUUGGCGAGGCCACAAACAACGGAAAAUUUACACGGACCGGCAGCACAUGUUUCGAGAUAAUCUUCCGUCCAUUGUGAAAAUUCAGUCCUGGGUCAGAAUGAAUUCAGCACGGAAGUCUUAUAAGUCACGACUACAAUAUUUCAAGGAUCACAAUGAAGACAUUGUGAAGAUACAAGCUUUUCUUCGAGCAAACAAAGCUAGGGGGGACUACAAGACCCUGGUUGGGGAUGAAAAUCCACCUCUGCCUGUUCUGCGCAAAUUUGCUUACCUGCUGGACCAAAAUGAUCGAGAUUUUCAGGAGGAACUAGAUGUAACCAGAUUGCGGGAGGAAGUGGUCACCAAAAUCCGGUCUAACCAACAGCUGGAGAAAGAUCUGAACUUGAUGGACAUUAAGAUUGGCCUGCUGGUGAAAAACAGGAUCACUCUGCAGGAUGUCGUUUCACACAGCAAGAAGUUAAACAAGAAAAGCAAAAGUCAAGUAAAUGAGAUGUUGACUGGCGGGGACAAGCAGGGAAUCAAAAGUCUGAGCAAGGAGAAGAGGAAAAAACUGGAAGCCUACCAGCAUCUGUUUUAUCUUUUGCAGACUAAUCCUACCUAUCUGGCUAAGCUGAUUUUCCAGAUGCCUCAGAACAAGUCAACCAAGUUCAUGGACACUGUCAUUUUCACUCUGUACAACUAUGCUUCCAACCAGCGAGAAGAAUAUCUGCUCCUUAAGCUCUUUAAGACUGCUCUGGAGGAGGAAGUAAAUUCCAAAGUGGACCAGAUUCAAGACAUCGUUACUGGGAACCCCACUGUUAUUAAGAUGGUUGUCAGCUUUAACCGAGGGGCGCGGGGACAGAACACUCUACGCCAGCUUCUGGCCCCAGUGGUGAAGGAGAUCAUUGAUGAUAAAUCUCUCAUCAUCAACACCAGCCCAGUGGAAGUCUACAAGGCUUGGGUGAACCAGUUGGAAAUGCAGACAGGGGAGGCCAGCAAGCUGCCAUACGACGUAACAACCGAACAAGCUUUAACACAUGCAGAAGUGAGGAGUAAACUGGAGUCCUCCAUCCAAAGUCUGCGAGUAGUGACUGACAAGGUCUUGGUCUCCAUAUUUUCCUCUCUCAAUAUGAUGCCUUAUGGGAUGAGGUAUAUAGCCAAAGUUCUGAAGAAUACAAUCCAUGAGAAAUUCCCUGAUGCCACAGAAGAUGAGCUAUUAAAGAUCGUCGGGAACCUCUUAUAUUACCGGUACAUGAACCCAGCCAUUGUGGCCCCUGAUGGCUUUGACAUCAUAGACAUGACGGCAGGCGGUCAGAUCCACUCCGACCAAAGGAGGAAUUUGGGCUCAGUGGCCAAAGUCCUGCAGCAUGCUGCCUCCAACAAGUUGUUCGAAGGAGAAAAUGCGCAUCUCUCCUCUAUGAACGCCUACUUAUCGGAGACCUACGAGAAGUUCAGGAAGUUUUUCCAGACAGCCUGUGAUGUCCUUGAGCCAGAAGAGAAAUUCAACAUUGAUGAAUACACUGACAUAGUGACCCUCAGCAAGCCAGUUAUCUACAUCUCCAUAGAAGAGAUCAUCAACACCCACUCGCUGCUCUUGGAACAUCAGGAUGCAAUUUCUCCAGAAAACAGUGACCUGUUGAAUGAAUUGCUGGAGGGGCUGGGGAGCGUCCCGGACGUGGAGACGUUCCUUGGGGAAGGAGCCGUCGAUCCCAGUGACCCAAACAAGGAGAGUACCCUGAAUCAGCUCGCCAAGACCGAAAUCUCGCUUUCCCUGAACAGCAAGUAUGAUCUACGGGAAGGGGAAGACGCAGAUGUGAAAGGCCUCAUGAUAAAGACAAAAAAGCUGAUCAUCGAUGUGAUCCGAGCCCAGUCUGGGGAUACCCUGGGAGAAAUCUUGGAGACACCUGCAACCACCCUGCAGGAAUCUGAGCACUCCAAAGCUAUGGAAAACCGGGCCAUCUUAGAUUCCAAAACUCCUGAGGAAAUGAAGCGCAGUCAGUCUAUGCUUGAAGAUGGACAGCUUCCCCUUGAACAGAAGAAGAGGAAAAUCCAGAGAAAUCUUCGGAUGCUGGAACAGGGUGGACUUGUAACGGCAGAAAACAAGUACCAAGAAAUCCUAACGGAGAUAGCCAAGGAUAUCCGCAAUCAAAGACGGUACCGACAGCUUCGGAAAGCUGAACUGCUGAAACUGCAGCAGACACUGAAUGCACUGAACUCCAAGACAGCGUUUUACGAAGAUCAGAUUAACUAUUAUGACACUUACAUAAAAGCUUGUUUGGACAACUUAACGAGAAAAAAUUCACGGAGAUCAAUAAAGGUAGAUGGCAAAGAAGACAAAGGCAACAAGAAAGUGAAGCCGACAUCCCUAAAGUACACCGCCGCAAGGUUGCACGAGAAGGGCGUCAUCCUGGAAAUUGAAGACCUUCAAACCAAUCAGUUCAAAAACGUGAUGUUCGAUAUUACACCUGGUGAAGAAGUGGGGGACUUUGAAGUCAAAGCCAAAUUCCUGGGUGUAGAGAUGGAAAAGGUGCAGCUCAACUUCCAGGACCUCCUUCAGAUGCAAUAUGAAGGCGUUGCUGUGAUGAAGAUGUUCGAUAAGGCAAAAGUGAAUGUGAAUCUGCUCAUCUUCCUGCUAAACAAGAAGUUCUACGGGAAAUAGAUGGUCGGGUGCCUGCUGCCUCUUCAGCAAAGGGACUGAGAGAUGCAUUUGUUAAGAACCUGUUUCCAAACACCAUGGAAGCCACCAUACCCAGACCAACCUGAAAGGCUCAAUCCUUAAAAGACCAAAAUUGCUCUCAGAGGAAUGUACCCACGUGCCUUUGCCAUCAUUCGAUACUGCAGUCGGGAGGCUAGGAGAUAGAUUCCUUUAAUCACUUCCAGGAUAUACUUGGGGGUAGGUACUUUGAUUCGAAAUGAUACCAUUAAGCGACAGUCUCAACGACUCUGUGUCUUAUUUUUAAGGUAAGCAGAAGAGAAUAAAUUUAGUCAAAUAGCACAAAUGUGUAAACCUAUUUUCCUACGAGAUUUUUUUAAAAUGUCCCACUUGCAUAAUAUAGUUAGCUCUUCAUAGAUUUUUUUCCCCUCCUCAAAAAUUCUGUGUAAGAAUUAAAGGCUAAUUAUUUGUAAGGGAGCAUUUAGACAGAUAUUUAGGUCUGAAGUCCAUCUCCUGGGAGAUGUCCAAUUGUAAAGUGAACUCUAGCAAUUCAGAAUGAAGUUUUUAUAGGUAAUUUUUAAUUGUGGAAACACGAUAACAUUUAGUGUACAAAAAUAUAUAUUUUAUGUGAUUUAUUCCUACUAAAUAAAUGCACUACUGCCUCACGGUGAGGAGAGGCUCCUCAGCCCUUUAGGGUCCCAGGAGUAAUAUGGACAGGGGGUCAGUAGUUUCUCAGUUGAGUUCUUUGAACACUUAAUUGUGCCUCUCUCCAAUGGCCCCUUCUUUUUGGUAAUGCAAUAAAAUCAGUAUCUAGAUGUUUUUUAAAUGUAUUCUUUGGAGAUUGUUCUAUGUAAAAUAAAUGUGACUUAAUUACACUAA